AUGCAGCGCGCCCUGCCCGGCGCCCGCCAGCACUUGGGGGCCAUCGUGGCCAGCGCCAGCGUGGUGGUGAAGGCCCUGUGCGCCGCCGUGCUGCUGCUCUACCUGCUGUCCUUCGCCGUGGACACGGGCUGCCUGGCGGUCACCCCGGGCUACCUCUUCCCGCCCAACUUCUGGAUCUGGACCCUGGCCACCCACGGGCUGAUGGAGCAGCACGUGUGGGACGUGGCCAUCAGCCUGGCCACGGUGGCGGUGGCCGGGCGUCUGCUGGAGCCCCUGUGGGGGGCCCUGGAGCUGCUCAUCUUCUUCGCGGUGGUGAACGUGUCCGUGGGGCUGCUGGGGGCCUUCGCCUACCUCCUCACCUACAUGGCCUCCUUCAACCUGGCGUUCCUGUUCACCGUGCGCAUCCACGGGGCGCUGGGCUUCCUGGGCGGCGUGCUGGUGGCGCUGAAGCAGACCAUGGGCGACUGCGUGGUGCUGCGUGUGCCGCAGGUGCGCCUGAGCGUGCUGCCCACGCUGCUGCUGGCGCUGCUGCUGCUGCUGCGGCUGGCCACGCUGCUGGGCGGCCCCGCGCUGGCCUCCUACGGCUUCGGGCUGCUCUCCGGCUGGGUGUACCUGCGCUUCUACCAGCGCCACAGCCGCGGCCGCGGGGACAUGGCCGACCACUUCGCGUUCGCCACCUUCUUCCCCGAGAUCCUGCAGCCCGUGGUGGGGCUGCUGGCGAACCUGGUGCACGGCCUCCUGGUGAAGGUGAAGGUCUGCCAGAAGACAGUGAAGCGCUACGACGUGGGGGCCCCGUCCUCCAUCACCAUCAGCCUCCCGGGCACGGACCCCCAGGACGCGGAGCGGAGGAGGCAACUGGCCCUGAAGGCCCUCAAUGAGCGACUGAAGAGAGUGGAGGACCAGCCCGUCUGGCCGAGCAUGGACGAUGACGAAGAGGAGGCCGGGGCCAAGGUGGACAGCCCUCUGCUCUCAGACAAGGUCCCCACGGUCCCAGGGAAAGGGGCUGCCCCCGAGUCCAGCCUGAUCACCUUCGAGGCGGCCCCCCCGAAGCUGUAG